GCUUCUCUGCCAGACAGCCAGCUGGGAAAGUGCCGUUGAUAAAGGGAAAGGAGCUAGCUUCAGCUCCAGAUCCUUGCAUCUGAUGGUGUGUGACAGGAGCACAGUUCUCACCCUUCACAAAGAGACUGAGAGGGAGACACAGAGAAAGGUGCCUGAACCAAGCAGCAGGGGGGCAAUUAGAAAGCAACAGUGAGUCCUUCAUUUUUGUAGACACUAGGGAACAACAUGGAUCUUCCCCACGGCACUCAGGUUUCGUCUAAUUGCUGAGAGAGGCUUUUUCUAAACCCACCUGUGCUGCUUCCAGGCUGCAGGUGGCAGGGCAGAAAGGAGAAGAGUUCUUGCUCUACUUGGAGAUCCGAGAUGUGAUCACAAAGUCUUGUGCGCUGUGCAGGAAAGAGCAGCCUUGGCACUUAGGAGGUAAAUGGUGUGUGUGCAUCCCAGCUCCAGGGGCACUGGUAGCCCUAGAUACUUGGACUAAUAGGAGAUUCAUGCCACCUGUAACUCAGAGUGCAGAGUAAGUAGUGCAGUUACUUUCAGAGGAAGCAUAAGGUUUGUCUGGCUGUGUUAACCUCUCUCUUUCUACAAUAAAAUGGAGAGUGGAAGAUUAUCCAGCACAGAAAAGGCACUGAUCCGGGAGAGCUGGCAGAAAGUGAGUAGCAAUCUCCUGCAGCAUGGCAUCGUCUUGUUUACCAGGUUGUUUGAUCUGGACCCUGACCUGUUGCCCCUCUUCCAGUACAAUUGCAGACAGUUUUCCAGCCCUCUGGAAUGCCUCUCUUCGCCUGAGUUCCUGGAUCACAUUAGGAAGGUGAUGCUUGUGAUAGAUGCUGCUGUGACCCACUUGGAGAACUUGUCCUCUCUGGAAGAAUAUCUCACCAACUUGGGCAAGAAACACCAGGCAGUUGGGGUGAAGGUGGAUUCUUUCUCGGCAGUGGGAGAAUCCUUGCUCUUCAUGCUGGAGAAAUGCCUCAGUACUGCCUUCAGCUCAGAUGUGAGAGAGGCUUGGACCAAGCUGUAUGGUGCCGUGGUGAAAGCCAUGAGCCGUGGCUGGGAUGCACGUAAAGAGGGGGAAUAGACCCAGCAAGCUUGGUCUCUGGCUCUUCUGUUCCUAGCCCAGAAUCAGCUCUGAGGACAGAGUCAGUUCCCCCUUCCAGUCACACCCAUUCCAGGGCUAUCUCAGUAGCUCUCUGUCUUGCUUUGAUCUUACCCACAUCUUUGCCUCUGACAAUGGUCAAUGUGAUUCCCCCUUUAAUUGCACUGCAGUGAAUCCUGGCAUCCACCUCCAGGGAGCAGGGUAGAGCUGGGCUGUGGCCAUUUCAGCCCACAAAGAUGGAAUGAGCUUUUCACAAACUGAAGCUGUCAUCCCUCAAACUUCUAAUUUGUCUCAACACACAAAUAUUCUCCUGGAGUCACUGCAGAUUGGUUAAUCCUUGUUCUUUAUUCCCUCUGCAUUAGCCCUAGAGUAGAUCCCUGUCCUUUUUCUAUGUAAGGUUAUCACAGCUGUGAGCAUUUCCUAGGGAGAGGCUGAGUAGUGUAGCUUUUUGAACAUGGAACUGGGUUAAUCCCAAUGUAAGGCUUCUCUUACCAGGUCUGAACUGCUAGCUGGCUGGAUUUGGAAUGAUUUGGAUGGCUGAUUUAAUGUGAUAGCUAGCUGAAGUGCAGCAGCUACCCGGGCUUUUUAAAUUGUCUUCCCCUAAAGUAAAUUAUACAAAAUAAAUACAAACACAGACUUUGUAUUAGAAUCAAAGUGACAGAUGCAGCUUUCUCCUGGGAGCAGCUUCCAAAAACCAUCAUGGUUCUUAGCUAAAGAGAAUGUAGCUGUAAUUCUUCCUAUUUACUUAUCACUUACAUAUUUAUGGCUUCCUGGAGUCUGAGGGAUAACUUCUACCUCUCACUGAAAUGCAGCCGCUCUUGGUGUGGAAUAAGAUGUCUGAUUAGCAGCAUACAACAGUGCUGUGACCCAUUUUAGGACAGGAAUUGAGUAAGUAUCCAAUUGAAAACAGAAGGAAUGUUCAAGGGGUAGAACUGGAAUUUGAUUUGUACCCUGGGAAUAAGAUCUUGACUCCUGUGAAGUGACCCAUGGGAUUUUAAAUGACCCCACAUGGCUAUGAACUCGGGUUUAUUCCUUAUCUGAGGCACUGCUCCUCCAGAAGCACAGCACAGCCUACUUGGGGCAUUGGUACUGAUUGAGGGAAGAGCACAUCCUACUGAAGGUCCAGCACUGCUUCCUACAGGACCUGGAUUUUCCAUGGCGAUCUCCCAUCCGAGCACUAGUUAGGUAUGACUCCUGUUAUGUUAAUGAAACUGCUACCCAGUAUCCCUCACCUUCUCACAACACUCAAAUCUGUUGUUUUGGUAGCAGCUCUGUGCCAGUUAGAACCCUCCACUGCAUAUUGUAGGGAGGCGAGUGUGGGCAUGCUGGUUAUCAAAUGCUUGCCAUUCACUGCAUCUUUGAUAGCUGUAGCUUUCUUUUAUCCAGAGGGACCCUCCUUUUCUCUCCUUAUAGGUUUUUGGGCUCCAUUCUUCUUUUUUCCUUUUCUGCUACUCUGAGCAUGGUACCAGCUCUCCCUUCUUACUGCUUCCCUCUCUGAAAGCCAAGCUGGGUGAAUGUGGUAACUCUCCUCUAGUUUGCAACUCCCAGCUAAUUAGGGAGGGAGCAGCUAGGCUUGGAUCCAGGAGAACAGCACUGUGCCUGUCUGUCCCAGCAGGGAGAGUCAGGUGCUCCACUGUAGAGUUUUGAAAGGUGAUCAGUGCAUAUCCAAUGCCUCCUAUGCUGCUGUAAAUGUAUGAGGUCUAAGACUUGCUCUCUGUGUGUGUUGUGGCCGAAUGGGCAGCUGCGUGUGAUGAAUAGACACGUGUGGGUAUAAACUACUACAUCAAAUACUGUAAGCCUUCCCUCUCCCACCCAGCUUUCAUAACUCCUCAACCUGAUCUACUCUCUGCCGUGUUUUGUGUAAUUUCUAAGAGAAAUAAACCAGCUGUGUGUGUGUGUGUGUGUUCCUCCUAGCCUUGCCUGGACUGUGUUUAAUAGACAGCUGUACAGCAACAAUGUUUGUACUUAAACCACACCUUUCAUUCAGUGGCUGAUUUAAGGUGACUUAGAAAGGGUUGUUGUGUUUUUUUUUUUUAAAUAAAAAAACAAG